AUGUAAAUAACACCUAAAGCUAUAACAGCACUUUCUAAAUUAUUGUCUUAGAAUUCCUCAAAUAAUAAAUAAAGUUAAAAUGAUUCAAAGCCCAAAUCGAAUCAGAAUAGUAAGAAUUGUAGAUCGAUUAAUAAAAAUGAAUUCAAAAAUUUCAUCUCUAAACCAUCUUUAUCAAACGAACCCAAUUACAGUGUUAAAAAUGAAUUGAUAUCCGUGCUCAACAGUAGCAAAGAGAAAUCAAUCAAAUCAACUUUAAAACCUCAUCAUAGUCUAAAUUAUCUUUUAUUGUCAUAAUAACAACUAUCUGCGAGAAAUAGUUUUCAAAAAAAGAGACCUCCUUAAAUUAAUGUUGAAGAAAGCACCGACAUUUAGAAGCAUCCUUAGAGUGCAAAGAAUGUCAAUUAAAUGAGUCCUUUGCAUUAUUGUCCUAAUUAGAAAUCGCAAUAAUCUUAAAAAUCAAUCAAAUAUCCUAAAGGUAUGAAUGUGUUUAGCUCAUUAAAUGAAAUAUUAGGGCAAUAUGUGCAAAAGAGGAAUUAUUAAAAAUAGGCUGGAACUGGAGAAGGUACAAAGUUAGUUGUAUGCAGAUCAGCAAGAAACCAAGAAUAAAAAUAAGAAAAACAAAUAUAUCUAUCUGAAAAUAAAUAAUAACAAUCUCAUUCAUAAUAUUUUGAUUCAUAAUAAUUGAACAAAUUAUAUUUGUAUGCAGCUCAAAUUUUGAAGGCAUACUAAACCAAAGAAAUGAUUUGGAAACAAUAAAAAAAAAGUUUGAGAAGUGAAAUUGUAUUUCUAAAAUAAUUACUAUAACAAUAAUAAGAAUAGUAAUAAAAUCAUGAGUGA